UCGUCAUCUGUCAAAAACGACAACACUAUCAACAAUAACAGACACAUUGUCAUUAAAAAUGUACGUCGAUUUGCACUGAAGCGACAAAAUGGGAAAUCAACUAGUGGGAAUCGCCCCUUCCCAGAUAUUCCCCGUGGAGCGCUACCUCACCGACCACCCGGAGUUAAAAUUCGACAUCGGUCUCGGGAGCACCCGAUUUUUCAAAGUAGCCAGAGCCGAGUCUCAGGAAGGUCUCGUGGUGGUGAAGGUUUUCGCCAUCCAUGACCCCUCGCUCCCGCUUUCGAGCUACAAAGACCAGUUGGAUGAAAUCCGGAAAAAGCUGUCCAGCGCAGUCAACUGCAUUCCGUUUCAAAAAAUCAUCCUGACGGACAAAGCCGGACUUAUCGUCAGGGAAUAUGUGAAAUAUAGUUUGUACGAUAGGAUUAGCACCAGACCGUUUUUAACCAACAUCGAGAAGCGCUGGAUCACGUUCCAGAUUUUGUACGCUUUGCACCAGUGUCAUAAAGUGGGGGUUUGUCAUGGCGAUAUUAAGCUAGAAAACAUUACGGUGACGUCGUGGAAUUGGGUGCUAUUGGUGGAUUUCGCCUCUUUUAAACCCACAUUUGUUCCCGAUGAUAACCCGGCUGAUUAUUCGUACUUUUUCGACACGUCGAGGCGGCGGACGUGCUACAUCGCCCCAGAGAGAUUUACGAAAACGUCGAGUAGUGAGAACAGCGCUUUGAUUACCGAAACGGCGUGCGAUAGCGGGGAUCUCACACCAGCCAUGGACAUAUUUUCGACAGGGUGCGCCCUCCUGGAACUGUGGAACGAACUCCACGUCCCCUUCGAAUACUCCCAACUCUUGGCGUACAGAUCCGGCAAAUACUCCCCCCAGAAGCACCUAGACAAACUCAACGACCCCUCGCUAAAGUCUCUGAUUUCGAGCAUGAUAGAAAUCGACCCGUCGAAACGCCUCUCGGCCGAAGACUACCUAGCCAAAGAGCGCGGAAAACUAUUCCCUGAGUACUUCUUCACGUUCCUACAGUCCUACAUGCUGAUUUUUUCCUCAACCCCGAUACUGUCCCCGGACGAAAAAAUCCUCCGACUGAAGAGCGACAUAGGAAACAUUUUCAAGUUUCUCGGACCCAUAAAGCACGCCUACGAAGACGACGAGAAGUACGAUUUGGAAAAGUGCGACAAGGGCGAGAGUGAAGGCUUGGUGAUAAUCAUCUCGCUCGUGACGUCGUGCAUUCGGGGCUUGCACGACUGCAGCUCGAAAUUAUGUAGUCUUGAAAUUUUACUAGAGUUGUCUAACCACGCCAACGACGAGACGAUUCUGGACCGGAUUUUGCCAUACAUCAUGUACUUAGCCCGUGAUUUUUCGUCUAGAGUGAAAAUUUCGGCAAUUAACACAAUCACGAAGUGCUUAGACCUAGUGCAACAACUCCCAAAGUCCGACUCUAAUAUUUUUCCAGAGUAUGUGCUUCCAGGUCUAGCACACUUAGCAGCCGACCCUAACACCUGCGUACGAGCCGCCUACGCCAAAAACAUAGCCACUUUGGCAGAAAUCGCACUACGUUACCUCGACCAAAUCCAAAACGACUGGUACGACAACAACAUAAGCAAACAAAAAUACACCCACACUUUCAACUACGAACUGGAACUGCAAGCUUUGCACGAAAUGGUGGAACAAACCGUGAGCGUGCUGCUCACAGACUCGCAAGCUUUAGUCAAACAAACCCUCAUUGAAAACGGGAUCACCAAACUGUGCGUGUUUUUCGGAAAACACAAAGCUAAUGACGUUUUAUUGUCACACAUGAUCACGUUCUUGAACGAUAAGGACGACAAGCAAUUGCGGGGGUCGUUCUUUGAUUGUAUUGUGGGGGUGGCGGCUUAUAUAGGGUGGCACUGUUCAGGGAUUCUCACCCCGUUGUUGCUACAGGGUUUGACCGACUCGUGCGAGUUCGUUACCACGAAAAGUAUUAACGCUAUGUCUGCUUUGACUGAGCUGGGGUUGCUCACGAAACCCGCGUUGUGCGAAAUGGUGUCUGAGUGUUCGUGUUUUUUGGUUCACCCGAACUUGUGGAUUAGACAAGCGGUGGUUGGGUUUAUAACGACGACAACGAGGGCGUUGUCGGUUUUGGAUGUCCAGUGCAAGAUUAUACCGAAUUUGAGCAUGUAUAUGAAGUAUCCGUUGAUUCAAAUUGAUAAACCGGAGCUGCUUUUGGAAUCACUUGAAUCUCCAAUUCCGAGGAAUAUUUACGACAGCGUGGUCACUUUUACCGAUAUCGAACCGUUAUACAAGUUCCUCAAGGAACGAAAGAUAGCCAGAGAGGCGGCACUUCUCGGUCGCGUGACCGGUUUAGACUGGUGUCCCGCCUCAAUCAAGAACCUUUUCAGACGCUUGGAAGCCAACGGACUCACCGACACCAUGGAAGACUAUCUACUCAAAAUGGAAAGCCACGUCAAAAAAAUCAACAAACACAAAGUCUCCGUGAUCCCUAAAUACAGCUACACCGACGGCAAAAUCGAGCUCCAAAGCUACAACGGGAAUCAAGUUAAGAGUCACGUUUUUUAUUUAGGGGAGGCGCAGAAGACUGAUUUCAUCGCAGAGAGGCGGCUGCAACGCACCAACACUUCGGGCUCCAUCGACACGAACAUCAACUCUGAUUGGAACUACAGCUCUGAUAUUUUGACGCGACACUCAGAAAGCACGAAUUCUGGAGGGAUGUCGUCGCGGUCGACGUCUUCGCGACCUUCAUCGCCGCCCCCAGACCCACACACACCCUUCAUCAGCACGGAUCCGUCGUCCAAUAUCAGUCUGCACGAGCGGUCGUACAUCCAGUAUUUUUAUAACAGCAUUACCGUUAUCACCAUUCCAGAUCGAAGGUCUAGUUGCUACCUAGAGUUGAACAAACUCAAAAUCAAACAGCAGGAGCACUACUUGGAAGCCUUGAGGGGCAAAGAAUGGACUGAGCAGGCGGCGUGGCAGCCGCAGCUGCCGCCCCCUGAGUGGAACCUGCGCGGCGUCCUCGUGGCCCACCUCCACGAGCACCGCGGCGCCGUCACCCGCUUGUGCACCGUCCCCGACAAGCCUCUCUUCGCCAGUUGUUCCGCCGACGGCUACGUCCGUCUGUGGGACUGCGCCAAGAUGGAGGGCCGCAACAUCGCCAACCGGUCUAAGCAGCACUUCAAGGUGGCCAAUGGGGCGGCGGUGAGCGGCAUGGCGGUGUGCGACGGCGGGCAAACCCUGGCGGCGGCGACUGUAGACGGCGCUAUGAACAUCCUGCGGCUGGACCCAGCUGGAAACAAAAUGAACCUGUUCCAAACGCGUCAGCUCAACUUGGACGAAGAGGGGUACGCCGUCGACGUGCAGACUCUGGAUUCCGGGUUCCAGAACCUGGUGGUUUAUGCCACGUUGUACGGGUCGAUCGUGGGCUGGGAUUUAAGAGCGCCGGGGACGGCUUGGCGCCUGGAGAAUAGUCUGGAAAAGGGAUUCAUCACGAGUUUUUGCGUGGACUCGUACCAGAGUUUACUGACGCUAGGGACGAGUCAUGGACACUACAAAGCCUGGGAUUUGAGGUUCCAGUUGCCGAUUAAUUCGUUCGAUCAACCAGCCAUUUUAGGUAGCGAAAAAAUAAAAAAAGUGAUCCGUCACCCCACCGAGCCCUCUUGGAUAAUCUCCAGCGUCCACGGCAACAACAAAAUCCUGAUGUGGAACAUGGAGACGAAACAACUGGAGCGGAUUCUAUGGGGUAGCACCGACCCGCCGCUCUCCCAAGUCACGACGCAGAGCUCCUCGGACACCAUUUGCGCCCUAUUGGCGGGCUGCAUCGACCGCAGUCCCUUCGUGCUGUCUGGAGGUACUGAUCAAAGGGUUCGCUUCUGGAACCUGGACUCGCCCGCCAACUCGCACCUGGUGGCCCCGGCGGCCAGUGACAACGGCGCCAAAGUCACUUUCGCAAGUAGAUUAAUCGACGGAUUCCCGGUGAUCUAUGAAAAUCCCGUCGUGGAAAAGAACAAAGAGAGUGGGGAGGAUGCGCCUAGGGGCGGCCCGGAGCAGCCCCCAGCUGGACAUAGAGACUGCAUCACGGACAUUGCGCUCUGUAAAGCGUCGCAGUGCUUCAUGGUGUCGGCGUCGAGGGACGGGAUUGUCAAGGUUUGGAAAUAGACGAUGUAGAUUUGUAUAUAUUUAUUUGUAUGUAAUAGGACAAUAAAAACUAUGACUUUGUGUUA